AUUUAUUUUACUGAAGUAAAUUUAUAUUACACAAAUAAAUUUUUAACUAUCUAUUUGUCAGUGUGCAACUAGAUGAACAAUCCUUUCCCGUUCCAUAUUGAACAAAUUUGUCAUUACUGUAUACGAUAUCUAUCUUCCUUUUUAUAAAAAGUUGAGAAACACGUCAGAACAUCAGAGUAUCGUGCCUCGCGGUUACGACGAUUGUGUAUUCACAAUGUCUCAAUGUUUGCUGACAUAACAUCACUUUCCCAGUGUGAAAAAUGGAGAGGGAGACGAAGUUCAGCUGGCCGGCAUGCUUCGCAGGUUGCCGAUGAGGAACGAACUAGUAGUCAGACGACUUUUGCCGUCUAGCUUUGCGAGCACGACAGGUGCUUCGCGCUUAUCAGUACGGUGCCUAUGAUGUUUGAUAAUCGUGCCCCAGCGCGGAUGUAUUCCAUUGUGCGUUAGUAACGAGCUCACUUUUGUUCCCGAUACAACUUCCGACCAUGUUGGCCAUCUAAACGCGUGACCGAAUUAUAUUACUUUAUUCGUAUCUUUCGUAGUGACUCACCGGCGUUAAUUGGCAAUAUCGGACAUUGCGAUCGUCGAAAGGAAGUACUUAGAUUUGCACUUUACGAUUUUUUUUUUUUUUUAACAAGAUACAGGUGAAUCACUGUGUAAAUCUACUGCUCACAGACACUUCUUGUCUCACUUCUUCCUCUCUCGCGCGUGUCGUUCGGCUGAUGUUACUGCGUCGAGUAUAAAACGUGAGCUUUAGUGCGAAAAGCACUUCAGAUUAUCUGUGAUGAGUGCUUAGUGUAAAAGAUUUCUUUCUGUGCGAAAACUCGUUAUAAGAAGUGUGUACUGUAAAGUUAUGAUAAAUAAUUAAAUAAUUAAUUGAUUAAUGUAAAUAUAAUGAUAAAAAAUGAUAAAAUAUAAAAAAUAUAAUAAUCAAUUAAAUAUAAUAAAUAUAUGACAUAUAAAAAGUUUUACGUACAUAACUGACGUUUUGGAUGUUGAAAAAUAUUAAUUUUAACAGAAAAAAUUUUUGAAGCUUCUCUGCGUAUCGCAUAAGAAAUAUAUAGUCAUCGCGUUAAAUAGUAUAUUUCCACUGGAUAAUGAAGUCCGAUGACUAAUAUCUUUUUUACGCAAAAACAUACUUAAAUACUUUUUGUUAAGAAUUGUAACAUCGCAUACUGUGUGACGCAACGUAAUGAAUCCGCGAGUGAGAAACAACAGAUACCAUCUUCAGACCUGGUUUCGUCUGUUUGAUGGAGUCCAUGAAAGAUGCAAGCCAAUCGAAUGAAACAUGAGAACGAAUUCACAGUAACUUCGCUAGUAAGGAGAAGCAGGGAAUUUGUAAUAAGACCACCGACGAAAAUAACGCGUUACAAAGACGCUUUCCACGAAGGAAAAUAUUCACAAUUCAUCCAUCGUGUUUGCAGAAGAUACGAAACGUUCAAAGCGAUUUCCACUCGCAAGAGUAAUUUUCGCGGAGAGGACAUCCGGGGAGAUGUAUCCUUGAAUUUCAAGUUGAUAGUACAUUCGAUCGGUAUCCGGUCUCAAUACACUCGAAGUCGAUACCGCAUCGAAGAAGAUAACGAUCGACAAAUGUAAAAUUGAUACCAUGCAGAGGGAAGAUCCGAUCGAAGCUGCAAUCGUUGCGUCUAACAUGGCCACCGCGUCCGAAAUAGAUUUCUUAUCUAACAAUAAACGGAAUGUCGCGAGUAAACUUAACACUAUGCCCAAGAUCGAAGUUGCGUCGGAAAUUGAUGUCACGUCUAGGAACGAUAACAUCGCAGCCGAGGCAACGGCCACGUUGAGCAAGAACUCCGUCGGCGACGCGUAUAAAAUAGACUCCGCGUGUGAAACUCACGUAGCGUCUAAUAUGGUGUCUAAUAAAAUAGAUGAGGUGUCUAUUGACAAAUCAUCCGAUAUUGGCAAACCUUCCAAGCAAUUGCGCCACAAGGCCUGCGUGGAUCGACGAGAGAGACGUCACUCUAUCACGGAAUUAGAUCGGUCCGUAUCAAAACAUGAAUUUGAGAGAAACUUCGUCGAGGCGAAGAGCGGCGACGUCGCCGUAAGCAGCGCCGGCAUCUUGGCGUCAGAUGGCAAUUUUUACAGGAAUAUUCGGCGCGUGGAGAACACGAGAGAAGAAUCGAGUUCUGUCGCGGGCGAAAAAUCGAAGAAUCGACAAACGUUUAAAGAACUUCUAAAGGAGAAACGAACCGAAGGAUUAUGUGCCAAGGUGACUUGUGAAAUUACAGGGGAAAGUUCGAGUGCUGUCAAGAGCGAGAAAUCGAAACUCGAGGGAGCAUCGGCAAUGAUAGGAGUUUCAAAGACGCGAGUGGUUGAAGGACCGUCCAUCGAAAGCCUGCCUGGGAUCAAGAAACGGAAGGCAAAGGGUUCAUUAAAGAACUCUCUGAAGCGAAAGGUCGAUGUGAUAGAGAGGAUACUGGAGGAUCAGGUGGAGCGAAUCUGGGAGGAGAACGUGGAGAAGCAUACGUGGCUGCAACCGAUCGAGACGUGGAUCGCUGAUCAUCGUAAACCCCCUUCCGGCUACACGUUAAUGCACUGUCAGCUCGAUGACGCGUCCGACAACUUGACGGAUAUCAAUCAAGAUGCUAUGCCGGAACCUACGUAUGAUUUUAAAUUUAUACCUGCGAAGGGAGAGGAUGAGGAACCGAAAUUCGAGAGCAGAUUGAUGGAAAAUUGGCGAACCGCGAGAGUUGACGAGCCGAGGAACGAGAGCAAAGUGACCGAACAUUGGCGAAGACAGCGAAAUCGGGCUGUUCCUCCAAAAUCGGAUCGAGCUGAGGCAACGAGUUCGAAUACACAGCUGAACAAGCAAGAGAUUGAAUUGCCACACGGAGAGGAAAAUUCAAGCAUUUUAAACGAUCCCGGUAUUUUAGAAGUAAAGGAGAUCAAACGUCCCGAUAUUCUGGAAAGACUGAAAGAGAAGAUGGAGGAUAUCCAUAGGUAUUUUCAGAGAACUAAUCGAUUGGCGGACGUGAAUAGACGAUUGAAGUCGCAGAUAUGGAGUUCGGUGGUGACAAUUGUCCUCGUGGAGGCAAAGAAUUUAUUGCCAAUGGACAUAGAUGGUUUAUCGGAUCCUUACGUAAAAUUUCGACUCGGCACGGAGAAAUACAAGUCGAAAGUCGUUAACAAAACAUUGAAUCCAAUUUGGUUGGAGCAGUUUGACCUCCACCUCUACGAGGAUCCGUAUCUGGGACAAGAGUUGGAGGUGACGGUUUGGGACAGAGAUAGGAGUCAUCAGGACGAUCUAAUGGGUAAAACGGUAAUCGAUCUGGCGAUCCUCGAGCGCGAGACCACGCACCGGCUAUGGCGCGAACUCGAGGAUGGUUCGGGCAGCAUCUUUUUACUCUUGACGAUAAGCGGCACCACAGCCAGCGAGACAAUCAGCGAUUUGGCCGCGCACGAGGAAGUGCCGAUGGAACGCGCACAAUUGAUCCAACGAUAUUCCAUCAUGAACACUUUUCAAAGGAUACGCGACGUAGGCCACCUGUCAGUGAAGGUAUACCGUGCGCAAGGCCUCGCAGCUGCUGAUCUCGGUGGUAAAAGUGACCCUUUCUGCGUUCUGGAGCUCGUAAAUUCAAGAUUACAAACGCAAACGGAAUAUAAAACUCUCGCGCCGAAUUGGCAGAAAAUUUUUACCUUUAACGUAAAGGACAUCAAUUCCGUCCUGGAGGUGACGGUGUACGAUGAAGAUCGCGAUCACAAGGUGGAAUUCCUGGGGAAGGUAGCGAUACCGUUGCUAAAAAUUCGUAACGGCGAGAAACGAUGGUACGCGUUGAAAGACAAGAAACUGAGAGGCCGCGCGAAGGGCAACUGCGCCCAGAUUCUUUUGGAAAUGACUGUCGUAUGGAACAUAUUCAGGGCGUGCGUUCGAACGCUUAAUCCGAAGGAAAAGAAGUACAUGGAGCCGGAAGUAAAAUUCAAAAGACAAGUCUUUCUGCGAAAUGUUCUUAGGCUCAAGGCAAUCAUCGUAAUAUUCAUCGACUUAGGAAAAUACAUACAGAGCUGCUUUGAAUGGGAAAGCAAGAUGAGAAGCAUCCUCGCUCUGGUGAUUUUUAUUCUUGGAUGUUACUACUUCGAGCCGUACAUGAUACCGGGCGUGGCAUUAUUGAUUCUUCUGAAGUAUUAUCUGCUUAGCGGCGAGAAGUACGGGUUCAGUCAUUGGGUUUGCGGGCAGGUCGCUGUGGUGACGGGUGCACCUCUAAUUUACGCAACUACCCAGUUUCAAGAUCACGCCGAGAUCGGGUCCGACGAUUGUCCGCCGACGCCGGGGGAUGACGACGAUGACGAAGACGACAAAGAUAAAGAGGAGAAGAAAAGUCUGAAAGAGCGUUUACAAGCGAUUCAAGAGGUGACGCAAACAGUUCAGAAUUCAAUUGGUUACCUAGCUAGUCUUUGCGAGAGGGUGAAGAAUCUCUUCAACUUCACAAUCCCCUAUUUAAGCUACUUGGCGAUGCUUCUAACGAUCGCCGGGGCGGUCGUGCUCUAUUUUAUUCCGGUCCGGUAUUUAAUUCUCGCCUGGGGAGUCAAUAAGUUCUCUAGGAAAAUCCUCAGGCCUCACUCCGUGCCCAACAACGAGCUCCUCGAUCUUAUAUCCAGAGUGCCUGACGACGAAGAAUUGCUUAAUUAUAGAGAACUAAAACCUGUGCCGACGGCGGAUUGCGAGAGAGGCAGUCCCAGUUCGAACGUGACGAGAAGAGAGCAGAGAAAGAGGCACAAGGCGGCGUAGCAGAAUUUCCCGCGGCCGGAUGUCGCGGGUCCAAGGUCGUCCAGUAUCCUUAAAUCGGUCCUGCUGCGCCGGAAAUUGCGACAGCGAAAGGGAUCAGCGGAAAAUACGGAUGUGAUUGACAUAGACUGAAUAUUCGUUCAUUUUGUACCCUCCCUCGGUCGUGAGAACCUCGACUCUAACGUCAGUCGUUAGCGAAGGUAAUCGCACGUGGUGUGCCUCGAAGGAAAGAGAGACAGAGGAAGAAAAAAAAAGUGAAAAUGUAAAAAUAAUGGCUAACGAAAAAUAUUAACGCCGAAAGAGUAUACCAAAAUUGAAUUUACUUUAGGUAUACGCUCGUUACGUGAUGAUGAGAAGAAGAGACUUUAAUCGCGCGCAUGAUGAAGUAUUAAGCAUUGUGGUAUAAACAAACGGUAAAUGAUCACGUGAUAUGCCUUGGAGUGUAUCACGUCAUUAAAUAAAAAGGUGCAAUUACAUAUUGGAACAUAUAUUAGAUAUUACGUGAGAUAUAAAAUUAUAUAUAACGACGAAUGCAUUGAAAAUGUAUAUAACGUAUAUUAUAUAUUAAAAUGACAAAUUGCCAUUGUCAUUACUUAUACAAUGAAUGAUAUGAUCAUGUCGUUUCUUUUCCGCAGUAACUUGCAAACUUUAUUGUUAUUUUUUUUUUAAUGUACGACAAUUGAUACUUUUCUUCUCAUCCAUUGAAUAAAUUGUGAAUAAAAGUGUAUCGAAUUUAAUUUUUUUGAAAGUAAACGCACGAUAGUAAACGCUUCCAUUGUCUGAAUCUCUGCUGACGAUAUGUGAUGAAUGUAAAAGCAUGAUCAGUAAAGAAGUUUGCAUAAUGUUUCGAUUACUUCCGUAUUAUUUUUUUUAUAUAAUCAUUUUUGACAAACUGCAUAGUUGUGUACAAUAUUUCUAUAGAUGAGUCUAUAAAAAUUCAAGAUAUAAAUUUAGAGACAUUUAAAAAUUUCAAAAAAGUAUAAAAAUAAGAAAAAAUAAGAAUAGGCAUUUUAAAGACUUGUUAUUUGAAUAAUUUAAGCGUACAAAAAAGCAAGAACGAUGGAUUAAAGGAUUGCAAACAGCUAAGGAGGAACCAAUCUUCAAAUUCGACAGCAAAUCGAAUAAAGAAUAACUUCUUUUCUGGUCAUAUGAUUCAGAUAAGAAGAAUGCGAUAAUUUCUUUAAGACGAUCUCCCAAGUGGCAGACAGAGAAAGGGGGGGGGGAAGGGGGGAUAGAGAUAAAAAGAAGCACAGGCAAGUUUGAAAGUAUUCCAUGUUAAAAGUGAGAGCCACGUUUCGAGCAUAUCAAAGAGGGCAAGGAACGUGUGUUCUUAGAAAUAAUAAUUGAUAAAUCAAUGAAGAUAGAUAUUUAAACAAAAUGCGAUGACAUUUCUCUUAGGGGAACGCUCGUCAAUUGUUUCGUCCAUCGGUGUUGUUAGUUAGCUAUUAGAUAUUAUUAUGAGGGAUAGAGAGACGUAAGAGCCAGUAAAAGAAAUUUUCCAGGAUACAGUUAUCCUAGAGUUCCCGCAGGAAUCACGCGUAACUGGACUUCGCGAGGGGGAUUAUUACAGUUGAUUUUAAGUUAAAAUUCGGACGUUCUGUCGCGCUUUCUUUGAUAGAUAGUAAAAGGUAGCUUUUUUAAAAAAAAAUAAUUUGCGGGGACUCCAUGAAAUGUCCACUAAAGCUAUUGAAACGAAGGAAGUGUGUUGCGGCAUUUGUAAGUAAUAAUUUUAUAGAGAUACAAAGGAGCUUAUUUAGAAAAAGAAAUGCACAGCGAAACUUCCGCGCUUAAACUCAAUACAUUCGCGCAUGCGGUUUUGUAAAAUCGUAUUAGGCGUGCUUACAUACGUUGCGUGCGAUGGCUCCCUUCUAAAGCGUCUGACGUUAUUUAAGUUUUCACUCCAACGCACAGUUUUACCCGUGAUUAGAACGAGAUAGAAAAAGACGAAGAAUGCGAGAUUACUUUACGGCGGCAUUUCUGUGUGGGGGAAAAAGAAAUCGUUGUUGCGAGAAAAGCCAGUUGCCUUUUCAGCCGGAAUUUAUCCAGAUUACGACGCGUGUAUUUUACAAUGACGUUUUGUACUUGCAAACACACGUGGUUUAAUAACGUUGAAAAACAUGCAAAUCUGUGCGCGGCAAUUUUCUUAUCGCGCGGAGAAACAAGUUCAAUGUACUGCUGCUACAAUUAGCGACUUUAACAUGCCUUUUCAACAUGCGGUUAUGCAAACGUCGUUGCUAUAACGUUUCUUCUGUUCGGCGCGCAUUUAUUUCGUUCUUAUGUUAAUACUUUUACGUCGUUCAGUCGUGCAAUUUAAAACAUUUGAUAAAACCAUAGUAGAAACAUACGAAACAACUGAAGUAGAAACAUACGAACACCUGUCGCAUUAUAAUACGUCGUAAAACACCAGCAGUUUACAGUGCAAUUCUACUUGGCAGAUUAUUUGCAAAUUAUCUUGAAUUUAUGUUUUUUAAAAAUAGAGAAUAUUUCACUGGCAAAUGUGUGUUAAAGUUCAGUUUUUCAGAGAUGUAAAUUUAAGACGAUUAUUAUACUUUUAUCUUAUCUCUUCGUUAUUUUACGGACUGUGACUUAUUUUCGUAUGUAAGAUUUGACUUUAUUUAGAAAACGAUAUUUUUAAUUAUUUAUCUAGACAAGGAUUAUCGUUAAUUAUUCAAAUAAUAAGUGAAAAUUUCAAAGUUAUUUUGACAAGUUAUAGCACAUUAUGUUGGAUUAUAAUGGAUUAUAAUGAGACUGUAAACUAAUUCCAUUAUAAAAUUUUGAAACAUGUUUAUGAACAAUAUACAAUGACAUUGCAUAUCUAAACUUAUAUUAAUGAAUACAAAUAUAUGUACAAGUAGAAAUAUCGCAAUUCCAAGUCUCGAAAAUUAUGAAUAUCUCGCAACAAUACGAGAACAUACAGAAUACAGAUUACUCCGAACGUUUCUUUCAUUAUAAAUUUCUCGAUCAAUUCUUUUAUCAAAAAAAAAUAAAAUUUUCCUCGAUAAAAUUGGCACAUCAUAUGUAAUAACUAAUGGUUAUAAAAAGGAAUAUUUUGCGAGCUACGUUUCAGAGAAAUCAUUUGACAAGAUUACCUUCAAUCAAUUCAAAUACAUUUCAUUAAAACCUUCAUUUAAAAUUUAGUUGUAAAUUGAAAUUUUAACUAUAAAAUUUUGCAAUAUUGUAAAUUGUAAAGAUAUGACAAAUGAUGAUUUCCAUACGUAGACAGAGAAAGUUAUGAUUGAAAACAUUCGGAGUCUGGAAUACAUCGUAUUUAAACGACUCGCGUGUGGAACAGCGUGUUAAUUAAUAGAUAUGUGCGUGCGGCGAAUUUCUCCGCGACGAAAUGUCGCCUCGGCGACCGCAGACACGUUGUGCAAAUGCAUUUGCUCGGGAAGGCGAAUAGUGCGUGAAUAUUUAUUUCUAGUCGCAAUUUUACCAAUUCGUGGCCGGUUUGCGAGAGAGAGAGAGAGAGAGAGAGAGAGAGAGAGAGAGAGAGAGAGAUUGAGAAAGUGUGAAGAACGUGUGAGAGAAUGAAAGAGAGGGUAAUAUCGCUGAUCCAUUUUUCGCUUUUCUACUUAUAUACUAUAUUAUAGUCGUUACAUACCGUGCAUACGUCUUUUUCCGAGUCUUUUAUCUUCAAUUUACUCAUUCUCAUGCUAUAUAAGCGCCUCGAUGAUUCUUCCGGCACGACAUUUGAGACUCUCGUUAUGGAGCACAACACGGGGCGCAUUUAUUCGACACACAUGUACACGUAUAUACACGUAAGUUACAUAACAUACAUCAGGGUAUGCCACAACCGUCGAUUAUUCUCAUAAAUUCCUUGGCCACUUUAAAACCGAUUUUUCCUAUCGAAUAAAUGAUCGAUUCUACUUACAGUUUCUUGAACAAUUAAUUAUUGAGAAAAGCUCUGAUUGAACAAACUUUGAGAUAGAAAAAUAUAUUUCUCCCUCAGUUUCUCAAAAAGUCAAGAGAUAAAUAACGAAACAGAAUUUUUAUUUAAAGUUUCAACAUAUCCAAUAUUAAAGAUUGCAAACGUGCUAUAAAGUACUAGUUUCUCUUCGAUAUUCUCGCUAAGGAAAAAUCUCCAAAUAAAUUAAAGAAAAACUGCGGUUAUAGGAUACCCGAUGAUUAUGGGAUCUGUACACACAGCGCGUUACUUUUUUUGUUAUCAAAGGCCUAAGGGGCGAGUUAAAACGAAUACGUUACAUAUAUAUUAUUACAAAACUUUACAUCAUCUCUAGUCAACGAACUUAUAUUUACGAAUAGCGAAUCGUUAACAUCCUCACGAUACCCUGAAUUAUUUAUCAAGCUUGCACUUAUAUUUCUGGGGCUUCCCGAUCUGUUCAAUCUCAAUCGAUAUUUAUAUGAUUUUUAAUUACGACGCUCAUUUAUAUUCCGUUAUUUGCAUUUAAAAUUAUUCCAAGUGUCUUUAUUCGAAAUUAAUUAUCGUUGGAAAUUAAAAAUUUAAUAUUCUUUCUUGUUAUAUUUUCGAUCAUACAAAUUAUAAAAAGGAAUAUAAUUUUAAGACCAUAUUUCCAUAUUGACUUGUAAAAAUGAUCUCUUUUACAAUUGAAAAACUAUGCCAUUGCGCAAAACACAUUUUAUUUUAUCUACGGCAUAAUGAAGGGAAAGUAGUUUGGAAUCGAAUAAAAAAUUCAAUUCUAAAAAAAAUCCAGCUUGUUCGCGCAAAUGCUUCCUUAAUAAAAACUAAAACUUAAUUAAAAAUUUAGCUGCAGCUUAAAUAGCAUUAUAUAUUCCUGCCAAGUAGUCUCACUUUAAACCUUGAAUGGAGAUACCAUUUCGCAUAUUUUGAUCGUAUAAAAGAAUGCGAUAUAUUUUCAUAAAUUAAUUUAUAUACCAAUUUUACCCUAAUAUAUACACUUUACUCAGAUUAGUUGUCUAAAUUCGUGUCAAAAGACUACUUCUAUAAAGAAUAUAAAAUGUUUUAAUUAUCAAAAAACGGUACCUGUGCUGAAACGGAGCGUCAAUAUUAAAACAAUAUCGUUGCGAAUGUACGGUGGACAUUUCACAAGUUUUAAGCUCGUUUUGUAACUACUCCUAGUCCUUUUCUACUCUUCCAAUUUUGUACUUCCACAGAAAGAUUCUAUCCUCUUUCCGCGACCGAUACAAUCUAUAUUCGCUUUCCAUUUUAAUAUCUCAUUGUUUUCGAAAAUACAUUAGCUGCAAUACGAGCAACACAAGCGUACACAUAUGCCUUAUAGACCAACGGUAAAGCACUAUUCUUGAAAAAAAAACCGAAGGUCUGAAAAUUUUCAUUUUUAGCAAAGAUGUAAUCUAUAAUAUGUCUUACUUAUCGCUACUUUGAAUUACCAUAUCAGAUCUAGACGAUUCUUUAAUUUUCAAACGUUUGAAGAAAGAUUUAGCUGCACCUGAAUUAGUAAAUUUUUAACUGUCAAUUCUUCAAGUUUCAAAUUAAAGAGCUUAUUUCCAAACUGUCUUAUAUCCUUCAAAAAAACGUAGUGUAGAUUCUAUAUUAAAAAAAAGUCACGGUGAUGUACUCUAUAUUGAAGCUGUGAAAAGAUUUAUAAUAAUUGUAUGAAAUAAUAAUUUUUAUACAGCUUUGUAACAUGUGAUCUCUAAAAGUAUAGCUUUAUAUGAGACAGUUUGAGAAGAAAUAAUCCUAUUUAAUUUACUCUCUUUUAUUCUAGAAAAAAAUCUUUCGAAAACGGAUGUGUCUCAGGGACACAUUCGUAUUAUCGAUACAUCUUUUUAGAGAACAACUUAUAGACACGCAACAAACACGCCUAUUAUACACACGUACACAAACACACACACACAUACACACGCACAUAUACAUACGCACACACGCGCACGUUCGAAUUUGCAUGCUCCAGUUUCUUCGUGUGUUAUUUCGAUCUUCAUUCGGGUGUUUAGUCGUUAAGGGGAAGAUACGGGAGAAUCGCGAACAUUUAUGAUGGUCGCGUACGUUUUUCUGAAUUAUGCUGGCCGCAGAUAGAUCGCUAAGGUCAGUCGAAACGCUCCGCACACGUUUGUCUACUUCCUAAUCGAUGAGAGAAAGAAAAAAAAGAGAGAGACACUUAAGGAAUUUAGAUAAAAAAUGCAAAUGUGAUUUGAUCGAUGUAAUACAGUGAGGGUAGUGCGUAUCGAGGUGGAAGGUUGCGUUUGAGCUUUCCGGAAGAACUCGAUCGACACGAGACUCGUUGCAUCACAAUUGGAACUCGGCACAGAGCGGAAAACAGACGUAGAGUCGAUCGAGUUCGCUCCGGUGUUCUCGACCAACGUUCUCGAUGUUCCGAUGAUAAGAUAUACUUACGACAAAGCGUGAUAAGAAUCGUUAUUAUAUUCAUAAUAUGAAAAGGGAUAAAAGAAAUUAAGAAAUAAACAAAGCUUUUAAUAUCCA